AAUGAAAUAGUAAAGCAGGGUAGAGCUGAGAGAGAGAGAGGCAGGAAAUAGCAGAGAAAAAAGAAAGCCUUGGGUUCAGACAGAUCUUGGCUUCACUUUAAUUUUCGUCAUUUGUAGUUGUGAAUCCACAUUGCUUCUCUCCAGAUCCCUGCCAAGGAAGCGACUCUACAAAGAUGAAAUACAUCAUAGGUAUAGGGGGUGUAACCAAUGGUGGCAAAACCACUUUGACCAAUAGACUUAUCAAAGCACUUCCAAACUGUUGCGUUGUCCAUCAAGACGACUUUUUCAAGCCACAAGAUCAGAUAGAAGUCGGGGAAGACGGCUUUAAACAAUGGGAUGUGCUGGACUCCCUGGAUAUGGAUGCAAUGGUGAACACUGUGCAUGCAUGGACUGAAAACCCAGUGAAAUUUGCUCGUUCCCAUGGUGUGAAUGUAAUACCUGGCUCAAAAGAGCCAGACUCCAAAGAUAUCCACAUAUUGGUCAUUGAAGGCUUCUUGCUUUAUAACUACAAACCACUGGUUGACCUGUUUGAUGUACGCUACUACUUGGCAGUUCCAUAUGAUGAAUGCAAAAGGAGAAGAAGUACACGUAACUAUACCGUACCUGACCCUCCUGGUCUCUUUGAUGGACAUGUCUGGCCCAAGUAUCUUAAACACAGAAAAGAAAUGGAAGCCAAUGAGGUUGAUGUUGUUUAUCUAGAUGGACUAAAGUCUAGAGAUGAUCUUUACAAUCAAGUCUUUGAAGAUGUUCAGAAUAAGCUUUUAAAUUGUUCAUAGGGUCUGUGAAGAACCGAAAGAUCCAUGUACAGACUGAUGUAAAUAGUCCUUGAAACAUUAGAAGAUAGAACUGGCUUAUUUCUUUAAUCUGUUAAACUUCUAAAACAUAUAUUUUGUAUAUAAUUGAAAAUUGGAAGUAACUUAUUUGCAACUCACCAAUCAGCAAGUUUUUAAAACUUCUUAUUUUCUAUUCCGUUGAUUUAAACACGUCUGUUUUAAAGAUGCAUUUUUUUUAUAACUGAACACUUAGCUGCAUGCAGACAGCCACCAUCUGUUCUGCUUAUUUCUCUGUGUAGAUAUUAAGCCUUUGUAUUAGUACCUUGUUUGUAAUGCCAGAUUUAUAAAUUCAGUAAAAACACAUUUAAAGAGUU